CUUGGCUAGGCGGCGCCAAGCGGAGAGGAGCAGUAGUAGCAGCACCGUAGUGCCGUGCCAGUCGCGCCCUGGCUGCUCCAAACAUCACACAGCUAUUAAAUGCAACAGUGGAUGCAUUUGGAAUCAUAUCUCUUUUGGUCACCGACGAUGUGCGCCUGCAACUCCGCCUUUACAAAGUGAACCAGCUUGCAAGGAACUGGUGGGUGUUCAAGAGAUGCCUCCUAAUUGCAGGCAACUGCUCGUCGGAAGUGAGCGAGGGAUUGUGAAAGGACUGUCUCCUUCGGCGAAAUUAUACCAGUGUUUGUGAGAUCUCCAGCGUUACGUUGAGCAUGGCAACGGUUGUGAUGGAGCAGAUUGGCAGACUCUUCAUCAACAUCCAGCAGAUCCGUCAGAUCCCCAGCCUGGUGGAGCAGUCCAUUCCCAGCCUGCCGUGCACGGUGAAGGACUGCGAGGUGCCGCAGAUAUUCCGGGAGCCCUACAUCCACUCCGGCUACCGGCCCGUCAAGCAGAGCUGGCGCUACUACUUCUUCACCCUGUUCCUGCGGCACAACGAAUCCGUCAACGUCUGGUCCCACCUCUUCGCCGCGCUGAUCGUCCUCCUCAAGCUGCAGGAGUUCUCCCAGACGGUGGACUUCUGGUCAGAUCGGCACGCGCUGCCGCUGCUGAUCCUCCUCCUGACCGCCUUCACCUACCUGGCCUGCAGCUCUCUGGCCCACCUUUUGCACGCUCGCUCCGAGCUUGCCCAUUACUCCUUUUUCUUCGUGGACUACGUCGGCGUGGCGAUCUAUCAGUACGGCAGUGCGUUGGUCCACUACUACUAUUCUGCCGAAGAGGAAUGGUACCACUUCAUCAAGACCUUCUACCUCCCUGCAGCCACCCUGCUGGCUUGGUUGUCCUGUGUGGGAUGCUGCUAUGCAAAAUCCAACGCCAAGCAGCUUCGCCCCAUGUCUCGCAAACUCUACCAGAUAGUCCCGGCAGCACUGGCCUACAUGCUGGACAUUAGUCCCGUGCUGCACCGGAUAUACAGCUGCUAUUCCUCCAGUUGCACUGACUCCUCCAUUUGGUACCAUGAAUGCCAGAUCGUCUUCUUCCUCAUAAGUGCUCACUUCUUCUCUUGUCCUCACCCGGAGAAGUGGCUCCCUGGAAAGUGCGACAUUUUCCUGCAGGGGCAUCAGAUUUUCCACGCCUUCAUGGUCCUCUGUACCCUGGCCCAGCUGGAAGCCAUUCAUUUGGACUUUAAGCACAGGCGACAUUUCUAUCAGACUUGGCACAGCAACUCCACCUGGACUGUGUUGGGCUGUUUUGCCAUGGUCAUCUUCUCCAGUGUUAUCACGGUGGCUUACAUGAGGCACCUCAUCAGAGUCAAACUUGGCCUCAAGGAGAAAUGAGGAUGUAAAGCAUCGUGGCUGUGCAAGGAAUUGUCAACGUAGUGCUGAACACCUUCCUUCUUUACAUAACAUUUAAAUUGUACAUGGCAAAUGUGUGCUGGUUCAUGCAAAGCUGACCAAUUGAGGUCAUGGCCCACUGCAGAAUAGAGUUUGGGUGCUGGUCGACUGUUAACUUUGGGUAUCUUUCUCCAUCUCUCUUCUGUUCUGAUUUGGAAGGAACUGGUAACUUUUUUCUCUUUACACACAUGCUGGCUGACCAGCUAACGUUUCCAGCAUUUUCUCUUUUUGGGGUAUUUCUCAUUUGCCUUGUUCUCAAACUACCUGCAGUGGGCCAAGACUGGCCAUUGGUCGCACCAUGACCGGCAACCAACCUUAACUAUUACCUGUUCAUGUAAUUUGUCCAUAUCCACUUGAAUCGCACUAAUAUAUAUUUUUAAUAAUAUUCACAGUUUACAUUGCGAUGGUUCUAAACUUGAGUGUUGGCUGAUGCUGACUAUCAUUCACCUUGUGUGCAUCAAAAGCUAACAUUUAGAAGUGUCGGGACAUGACAUAGUCACGUUACUAUUGCUGAUGUGGAGAGAAUACGUGCUAUCCACCUGUUUAUGGUGGAAAUGAAGUACGGCAGCAAAGCUGUUCAGCGAGAAUUAAUGCAUCCACACCCCAGCAGCCAGAACACUUUUAAUUAUAUGUUCCAUUCUGGCUUUUCCUACUCCUCACUGAUCAACUGAAUAGCAUUUGGCUGUUUUCCGUACGUCCACAUUUCCUUCUGACAAAUACAGAGACCAUUUGACCCAUCGAGUCCAUGUUGACUCUUGGAAUAAUUCCAUUCACCAACAAUUUUCUUUUCUCCUGUGAGCUAUCCUCGCUUGUUCCCAUCACGUUCCCCCCUUUUAGUACACACCCACACACUGGGGGCAGUUUACACUGGCCAGGUGACCCACUAACCCUCCUGUUUCAGGGUGUGGGAAUGAAUUGGAGCAUCCGGUAGAAACUCAUGUGGUUACAGGGAAAGCAUGCAAACUCCACAUCAGCUGGGUCGUUUGGCUUGUUUUGGCUGUCGUGUGUCUUCAUUAAGGGCAGGUGGGGUGGAAUUGCAAAUUUUCAGACUGGACAUUUUUUUUAAACUCCCCUGCCCUGCAAAUGGUGCCAUAGUAUAUAUUUUUAAAUCUGGACAAUUCUGACAUUCCCCAACACCUCUCUGGUUUGAGAGAGUUGCUGCCUGUCCUGUCUCAAUGUCACAUAUUGAUGUGACAGGUGGUUGAUGCACGAGACUUCUUGUGCUUUCACGGCCCCAAACUUUCUGGAAGUGAAGGAACAUGUGUAAUGUUGUGUUUACCGACUUCAGUUUGUUUUGUGGAAAUUUGUAUGUUUUAGCGGCAUGCCGUGAUUUAAACGCCCCCUGUGUAAUUCUGGCCAUUUGGUGCUCUUCCUCCCGCUGGGUGUGAACUGUACCUGAAGCACGCUCCACCUGUCCCAUGUGUAACACCGACUGAUAAAUGGUUGCUUCUAAAUGAUGCAUCUAGCCAAUGAAGGAAAGCUAGACGUUGCAAAAUAGGAAAACAGAAACAUGUGCAUGGCAGUGUAACAGCUAGCUAGAUAAUCUAAUAACAUGGGUUGAGAGAUACUUUGACAUAAAUAUCAUGGAAUCCUUUACAUCCACCUGAGUUUGCAUCACAACCAGAAGAUGACGCCCUCAAAAGUCUAGGGUGUCAUCCAAGUGUGUUUGAUGUAUGAUUUCUUGGCUCAAAUAAGAGUGCUACUCACUAAGCCAAGAAUGAUGAGGUCAGCCUACGAUCGGCCAGUGAAGCAGUCAGAAGCCCCAUGCCGGAUGCACUGCAUUUAUUGACCACUUGAGAUCAUUGUUGAUGAGGAGUGAGAGGUUACAACUGAAUGUCCCCUCUUUUCUUCCUCAUUGUGUUACUUUGCAGUAAUCCCUCAAUGAUGUUGGAAAAUGAAGUAUGUGGCUGCUCCCCGUUUCUUAAUCAAGUGGUGUUUUCUCGGGUGGGGUGGACUAAGCCAGCAGAGUUUGUGGAGAAGCAUUUUCAACACAUGUACCACACAAAUAAAAUUGUAUCCAGUGUCUACGGAUCUGUUGUGAAGAUUUCUUGUGCUUCAUUGAAUGUGCAUCACAGCAACUAGUUGUGAUUAAAAUUCUAAUGACUUGC